AAUCAGCUACUAGGGCAUUGCAAUAUGACAAUACGUUCCACAUUAAUUAUAGUAAUGUGUAGAUUUGGCUGUACUAUUUUGAUUUUGCUACAAACAGAUUAUGAGAUGUCCUGUGUGCAAACCUAAUUCCAAACACGAGGGAUUUUCAGAAAGUUUCUGCACUUUUAUAUGUUUGUUGGAAGCCGUGAGGGUGGGAGGAGUAGUGAUUGGUCAUGUCUGAGAGACUGAGAGAGCUUACAGUCCAGAUUUAGCGCCAUCUGAUUUCCACCUUUUUGGACCACUCAGAGAAGCUUUAAGGGCCAAAGAUUUUCAUGUGAUGAUGAUGUGAAAGCAGUGGUGCAUCAGUGGCUACACACUCAACCAAAAAAAUUUUUUGCUGAUGGCAUUAAAAGGUUGGUACGAUGCUGGAAAAAAUGCAUCAGCAGGUGUCUUUGAAGAAAAGUGUUGUAAUUUGUUUUUGAAAUUCUUAAUAAAUAAAGUUUUUAAAAAGUGUGAAAACUUUUUGAAGAACCCUCGUAUUAAGCACUAUAGGUAAAAUUUGAAUUAAAACAGAAAACAGUGAUUUGUCCCACAUGCAUUUGAACAAUGAAGUGUCUUUACAUGUAUUUGACCAUAAAUUGCACAACAAAGAAAUAUUUACACAAUAUUUAUAUAAACUAUUGCAGAUUAUUGCAUGCACUUUAUUAUGUACCUUAUAUCUUUGCUAUGCAUGGCCAGAAGUCCAAGAGGGAAAAAUGUCCUUGGCCUUUGGAGGAAAGGGAUAACAUUCCUCUCCCCAUCAACUCCUCAGUUCCUACAAUCAUUUUAGUUGUUUUGGGGAGUUACAUUAAUUUCUUUUUUCAGUUCUAUGAGAGGGCAGGAGCCAUUAUACAGGAGGAUAUAUCAGAUGCUUCUCUCAUCGUUGGUGUAAAGAGACCUCCAGAAGAAAAGAUCCUUCCACAUAAAACCUAUGCUUUCUUCUCCCACACAAUAAAAGCACAAGAAGCUAACAUGGGACUUCUAGAUGAUAUCCUUAAGAAGGAGGUGCGACUUAUUGAUUAUGAGAAAAUGGUUGAUGACAACGGCUUCAGGAUUGUUGCAUUUGGAAAGUGGGCUGGCGUUGCAGGAAUUAUUAAUAUUUUGCAUGGUCUGGGUCUGCGCCUGCUUGCCCUUGGACACCACACUCCCUUUAUGCAUAUCGGAAUGACACACAACUACAGGAACGUCAGUCAAGCCAUACAAGCAGUGAGGGAUUGUGGAUAUGAAAUAUCUUUGGGACUUAUGCCCAAGUCCAUUGGUCCACUCACGUUUGUGUUCACUGGCACUGGCAACGUUUCUAAUGGUGCACAGGAGAUUUUUAAUGAGCUUCCAUGUGAAUUUGUAGAGCCACAUGAACUGAAAGAGGUUUCUCAGUCAGGAGAUCUUACUAAAGUAUAUGGCACAGUGAUCAGCAGACACCACCAUUUAAUUCGUAAAAGUGAUGGGGUAUAUGAUCCUUUGGAGUAUGAGCACCAUCCUGAACGCUAUACCUCCCACUUCAGAACCACAAUAGCACCUUAUACAACAUGUUUGAUAAACGGUAUCUACUGGGACCCUCACACUCCAAGGCUGUUGCGGCGUUUGGAUGCACAAAAACUAAUGAGACCUUCCAAAACGUUAGCAUCAACUAUUGAAGGCUGGCCUGUCCUGCCACACAAGUUCUUGGCAAUUUGUGACAUUUCUGCAGACCUAGGAGGGUCUAUUGAGUUUAUGACUGAGUGUACCACCAUUGAGAAGCCCUUCUGUAUCUAUGAUGCAAGCCAGCACAUAGAUCAUGACCGCGUGGAAGGAAAUGGUAUUCUUAUGUGCUCUAUUGAUAACCUGCCUGCCCAACUUCCCAUCGAGGCUACAGAGUAUUUUGGCACUCGUUUGUUCCCCUACAUCUGGGAAAUGCUUUAUUCAGAUGCAACCAAACCAUUGGAUGAAGAGAACUUCUCUCCACAAGUUAGAGAUGCUGUCAUAACAUCUAACGGGAAGUUGACUCCAAAGUUUGAGUACAUCCAGAAACUCCGAGAGCGAAGGGAAUCAGAACAGAUUUUGAAGAAAGGAGGAAUGAAACGUGUCUUGCUUCUAGGGUCUGGCUAUGUGUCUGGGCCAGUCAUUGAGUAUCUCACCAGGGAUCCUGGCACUCAAGUCACAGUGGCAUCAGUGCUUCUGAACCAGGCUGAGGAAUUGGCUGCCAAAUACCCAAACACCAUACCAGUGAUGCUUGAUGUGACCAGCCAAGAGGGCCACCUUGAGUCACUGAUCAAGGACCAUGAUCUAGUCAUCAGCAUGCUUCCAUAUAACUAUCAUCCUUUGGUGGCUAAAUAUUGCAUUAGUAAGAAGGUAAACCUGGUAACAGCCAGCUACCUGUCACCAGCCAUGAAAGAGCUUCAGAAAAGUGCUGAGGAGGCUGGCAUCACAAUUGUCAAUGAGAUGGGCCUGGACCCUGGCAUUGAUCACAUGUUGGCCAUGGAGUGCAUCGACCAGGCCAAGGCAGACGGUUGCACUGUGGAGUCAUACAGCUCUUUCUGUGGAGGUCUUCCUGCACCAGAGUAUUCUGAUAAUCCACUGCGCUACAAAUUUAGCUGGAGUCCAUAUGGAGUGCUGCUCAAUACUGUCAGUCCUGCCAUCUAUCGCAAAGACAAUCAGGUGAUCAGUAUUCCACCUGGUGGCUCUCUAAUGGAAGCCACAGUGCCCAUGGACUUUCUGCCUGGUUUGAACUUGGAGGGCUUUCCCAAUCGAGAUAGCACCAAAUAUGCUGAGCCCUAUGGCAUUGAGUCAGCACACACUCUGAUCAGAGGCACUCUUCGCUACAAGGGCUUUUCCAGAGCAAUGAGCAGUUUUGUAAAACUUGGCCUGAUCAACACAGACCCAUGCCCUAUGCUGGACUGCACAGCCAACCCUGUCUCCUGGAAAGAGCUCCUGUGUAAGCAGAGUGGCUUGUCCUCUGACAUUAGCAAUGACUCGUUUGAGGAAGCUGUGUUUAAUCACAUUGGGAGAGAUGACUUCAGGAUGCAGACUCUAAAAUGGUUUGGAAUGCUGAGUGAGGAGCCUGUGCCUUAUGCUGACACUAUCCUAGCAGCACUCGCUAAACACCUUGAGGCCAAGCUCUUUUUCGGUAAGGAAGAGCGAGACCUGAUCAUCAUGAGAAAUGAUGUUGGUGUCAGGCACCCCACAGGAGAGCUAGAGAUGAAGCAUAUCAGCAUGGUGGUAUAUGGUGAUGCAAAUGGCUUUUCAGCCAUGGCCAAAACAGUGGGCUACCCAGCUGCUAUUGGUGCUCAAAUGGUCCUUGAUGGUGAGCUGAACACUAAAGGACUUGUGGUGCCAAUGACGAAAAACUUCUACAGUCCUGUUCUGAAGAGGCUGCAGCAGGAAGGUCUGCAGUUUACCACCAAAAGCACAGUAUUAGAAUAGCAUGUUUUGUAUACCAUACACAGGUGUACAGAAUGUAAAGAAUGAAACUGUAAAUCAAGAACCAUAAUUAUUUUCCAAAUUAUUUUCUUAGAGAAUAGUUUUUAACUUUUGUGUUAUUAGCUAUUGAAUUAAUUUAAGUAUUUGGGAGUGGUGUGGUCUACACCAGCCCAAUGAUGCAACGGUUAAUUUAGUGAAUUCUGCCGAGAUGUAUUUUUACUAAAUUACAUGAACAUAAAUCUGUAAGAGUCAUGUAAUGCUUUGUGUUAAGAAAACAUAUUUACACUGGAUGUAAAGAUGACUGUAAUGACUUCAAAGUUCACCGGAAUCUUUUAAAUUAUAUUUUGCAAUGUGUGUAUUGUUUGUGGAACACAUUUGAAAUUUUUACCAGUACAUUUUAUGUAAUCAAAUCUCCUAACUAGGACUGUUGUUGCCUAAUGAUUAUCUGCUACUUUAUUGGUUGUCUGGAUGUUAGCACAACAUUUUAAUGAAGCUUGUCAGGGGUGGUAUGGCAAAAAAAACAUGAUAACAGGUGCAUCACUUACACCUAUAAUUAUAGAAAGCACACUUCAUUGCCCAAGAUAAUGAGUUUACUAUACGUUCAGUAGGCUUGUCUAAGACAGCUGAUGUGAUUAAAACAGUAACAAAGCACAUUGAGCAUUAGAAAAAAUUAGGGCCAUACUAAACCAGCAAGAAAUACUGACAUUAAUAUAACAUUGUCUACACCCCAACAUGGACUGUAGUACACACAGACCCUCUCACAUUUAUUCAUUCAUUCAUUGUCUGUUUUACCACCGCUUUAUUUUAUUUAGGGUCACGGUGGGUACUGUUAUUGUACAGAAGUACAAUGCUUUUUCUAAUGUUUUGCAAAUUUGAUUAGAGUCUCUAUUAAUUUAAGUUGAUUAAAUCAAAUAAACUGUGAGAUUUUGACUGACCAA